UUUUGCUCCGCCCCCUGGGGGGUUGGCACUGAUCACCCGUCAUACCGGAGGCAGCGCUGCUCCGUACUCUGUCUCCCUCAGACAGCGGACGGGACCUGGCGGAUGUACCGAUGGCUCCCCUUUCCGCUGACGUUCCCGUGAUGUUGGCGUGUGUUUCGGCUUGUUGUCGCCACCUCGCCGGCGGUGAGUCCGGUCAGACCGACUGACGGUGGAUGUGAGACACCGGCGAUGCGCUCCGGCUCGGCUUCUGGCUUGAGGGGUUGAAGGCGCUUUAAAAACACCUCUAUCAGUAGAGAGCCGACUGGCUGAUGCAUCGGCGGUCAGUCGGAGGCGCAGACUCUCUAAUUCUGAAUUGAACAAGAUAAAGCUGUACUCUGCGGCGCUGCAUGACCCCUGGAACAGAAAAGGCCAACGAAUGAAGAGCUGUCUGGUGGGUCCCUCACUGCUAUGAUCCUGAGAACCUGAAGUUUUUGCCUUCUUGAGAGCUUUUCCAUCCCGUCCUGAAUCUCGCCCGGUUCCUCGAUGGGUUCCCGCAGCCAGAGCUUCUUCCACAACCACCAUCACCACCACCACCAUCGCAGCUCCAUGGUGCCCGCCACCGUGCCAAGGCUGCUGCCGGAGAGCGGGAGUCUGCUGGGGGGCAUCGCCCAAAUCACCCCAAACCUCUUCCUCAGUAGAGGCAACGUGGCGUCCAACCGCAGCCUGUUGCUGUCUAAGGGCAUCACCUGCGUGGUCAACGCCACCAUCGAGUUGCCCAACUUCAACUGGCCGCAUAUGGAGUACGUGAAGGUCCCCCUGGCAGACAUGCCCCACUCCCCCAUCUCCUUGUACUUCGACAGCGUGGCCGACAAGAUCCACAGCGUGGGGCGCAAACGAGGGGCGGUGCUGGUGCACUGUGCAGCCGGGGUGAGCCGCUCGGCCUCGCUGUGCCUGGCGUACCUCAUGAAGUACCACCGCGUGUCUUUGGCCGAGGCCCACGCUUGGGUCAAGGCCCGCCGUCCCAUCAUCAGGCCCAACGGCGGCUUCUGGCGCCAGCUGAUUGAAUACGAGAGGAAGCUGUUCGGCAGGAACUCUGUUAAGAUGGUGCAGACACCCUACGGGAUCAUACCCGAUGUUUACGAGAGGGACCGUAGGACCCUCGCUCCUUACUGGGGCCUGUGAGCGUCUGCGCUGGCUAUCCAUCCACAGUGAGGGAUAAAGGUGGAAAGCGAACCUCUUUUUUUUGUCCUACCUGAGCUGCAGGGGUAGGCCUGUUCUCGUCAGGUGAAGUGAGAUGUGUGAGUGUAGAUGUUUCUGAAGCAUAUUUACUGAAAAAGAACAGAGGAAAUUUGAUGGUGCUGCAGUCUAGUCUUUGAGUUGGGAGCAAAGCGACUGAAAGCCCAGAAUCCGUUGUACCAGAUGAUCGUCGGGUAACAUGGAUGUUCUGGACUGAACGCCCAGAGCUCAGAGUGGUCAGAUGGUACUGUGGUGUGUUUCCCGGUGUGUUUUCCCACUUCCAGAGGAGACGAGCACUCUGAGGGCGGGGGGUGCUCGAGCCUCUGCAGUGCCGACAGUGAUGUCCCUUUCCUGACGUGGUGUCAUGUGGUGAUAUUGUGUCAGUUUCCCAGUAAUAUUUAAUGUGAAGGGCAGCAGCAUGCUCUGAAUUCAUGGUAGCAUUAAAGAAAAGUGUUCAGAAAAAUAACACAAUGUAUCGCAAUGUGCUGAUAGUGGGGAGGGCAGGGAGGCUUACGGAGCACUUUACUCAAACAUUCAAAGAUGUUACAUCUAGCUUUUUACAAAGGAGAAAUUUGAAAACACGUAAGCUAGAAAUGAAGGUUUAGUGAAAGCUCCUGUGUAACACAGGGUUGACUGUUCCGUCCUGUGACCACACUAUGUUAUUGUAGUGCUACUUGAUGCUCUAAUAAAAAUAAUAUCUGCUGCUUUACAUGGA